AUGGCGGCAGCUUGGGUUAUAAGUUUUGCACUCGCGGCUGCUUCACUCGUUCAGGCACAAAACCCACAAUGCCAAACAGAAAUGAUAGGUCAGAUCACCGGAAAUCCGUUACCGUUGCAGCCUGUUCCCCUUCUACCACCAAGUUCUACUUGGGACAUUACCAUUCCGAGCGUGUGCGUCAAUGCUGGUUUAUUAGUGAAGGUGUGUGACCCCGACGGCCCUCCGCUUCCUACUGUAACUCCGUUGAACAACCGGGAAAUUAUUGUGAAACGUAACGCUAAUCCGCUGCUGCAGCCGGCCAUGGUAUACGUCACAGUAUUCUGUACAGAAUCACAUAGAAGCAACAAUUAUAAUGUCCAACCAACCGUGCUGGCAGUACCCAAGUUAUAA